AUGGAGAUGGAUGGAGGUGUUAUUCAGCGGCACCAAGCGAUUGAAGCCGAUGAUUUCCACGGCGGCAGGACCGUUCAUUCCGCUCCUAUCACUUCAGAAUAUCCGGGUCACGUGGGUAUACCGCCAGAUCCUGGCAACCAGAGCAUACCCGGGAACGACGGUCAUGGUGGCACCUGGCGUUGGCGUAGGCGCAGUUCUCAGCGCCCGGGCCCUGUUACUCAUACUGGUACCGACCUAGUGGCCCCCGACCAUGACCCAACUGGAAGUCCAGUGAUAAUACCUUUUACGCAUGCACAAUUCGCGUCACCUCUAGCAGUUCGCGCUCACAAUCACCCUCGCCCUCACCACCACCCUCAUCAUCACAUUCACCCUCAAUCGCAGCCAAACUCACCCUACACUCACCCUCACGCUCUUCAUCAUCAGAUAUUGUCUCACCAAUCGCUCUCUCACUCUCACCUUUCCGACAACUCCGCCACAGUCGAUGGCCAUUUCGGCACAAUGGAGCAGAUUGAGACACAAGCAAGCGACCUUCGGUUCCUUGCCCAAGUUCCUGUAUUGAAUCCAACCUCGAGCCCGUCUCUCGGCCCCGGCUCCGGCGCCGGACGAGGCGGGACUCCUGCCCGUACCCCCGGGAGCGCCGUGGGAGCCUCUACGGGUGCUCCUAUUGCUUACGAGAAUCAUGCCAGUCCAAGUUCCGCCUCUGUCGGCGACAAUUCCGCUCACGGUGCGAGCGCGUCCAAUGCCAAUAAGAGGAAGUCGACAGACGAUGGCCAAGGCAAUGGAUCAAAGCAAACAAGAAGUAAAAGAAAUAGAAGGGGUCCGUUCUUGAGAGGGCUACACAAGACUGCACGAUACUCGCCUAUCGAGUCCUUCGAGUCUUCGGGCAUCAAACAUCUCGGCCUCCUUGUUGCACAACAUAAACGAACCCAGACGGCUGGGUCGGCAAUCCGAACCCACUCAUGUUUCAGCCCUUUGAUCCCACUCAUUCUCAUGCCACUCCCCGGGUCACUAUACUUGAAGAUCACUCAGGCUAACGUUGCAUUCUUCACCAUGAUAGUACAUAUCAAUAGCUUGGUCAGUAUGCUUCCGCCAUUGAAUGUGUUCAUCUUCGCCGCGACCGCCAAUGAAUGCAAGAGACGAAAGAUAAAAUGUAAUGGCGAAACUCCCUGCCAACGAUGCGGCAACCUCAACUUGGCCUGUCUAUAUGCCCCGAACUGCUGCUCCGGCAACUUUAAGGAAUCCGACGAGUUCAAGCAGGUCACAUCACAACUAGGCCGCCUUCAAGAAGAAGUCGGCUGGCUUCACCAAACCGUCAAGGCCCUUCAGUCCGAACCUGCCCGAUAUUCCUCACUCGGUGACCGGACAAUGACCCACGGCCACGGCACGCCGGCAGUCGCCCCUUCACCUUCUCAUAGUUCUACUUCACUUAACCGACAGGACAACUCGAAAUACGGUUCUUUCCGGGGCCCAACAAGCAUGGCCUUCAGUCUCGACGUUGCCAAUAAUACUAUCAACAACAUGGGUUACAAAGGCAUAUCAGACGAGGAAAAUCCACACCUGAAUGAUGGCUUAGGCCCCAUGUCAACACGACCAAGGGAUCCCCUCCACGAAUUCGACAAGGACGAAAUGAUUCGCCUGUGUCGUCUGCACGAGGAAGAGAUCGGUAUCAUGUACCCAGUGCUCAACAUUCAAACCGUGAUAUCCCAUGCCAAAAACAUGGCCACAUUUCUUGAAACUAUACGACAACAAAGCCCCAGAGAACUUGUCAACGACGACAAGACUCUACAGCUCAAAAUCAUCAUGUGCUGUGCGCUAGUGGUAGAAGAGCACGGGCAUAGCGAUAAAGCCAUUCGCUUGUUUGAGAGCAUGGAAACGGUGCUCAACCGGAAGCUCAUGGCUGAGGCUGCGGAUGUUGCAACCCUACCAAUCCUGGCUCUUGUUGCUGGGUAUAGAUUUCUCUCCAACGAUGAAGUAUUGGCUUGGCGAGUCAUGGGUCAUGUCGCACGAUUAUGUCUAGAGCUUGGCAUUCAUCAAAGAACAGGCCUGAUGAGGAUUCAGGAUGAAGAAGAACGUAAGAAUGCUCUCGUCAGUUUCUGGUCGGCAUAUGUGCUGGAUAGGCGAUGGGCUUUCGCAACUGGGCUACCUUUCGUCGUUCAAGAUGAAGAAAUCGAUUCAGAACUGCCAUUUCCAGAGGAAUAUCCCUAUCUUGUGGCCAUGAUCACCUAUUCUCGAAUAGGUGCAACGGUGUGGCGACAAGUAGCUCACUUUGGACCGGUUCUGGCACGCGAUUUGCGCUCAGCGGAACUGGAGAAUGUCGACCAGGAGUUGUUACAGUGGUAUGAACAGAUUCCCGAAGAGGUCAAGGUUCGUAACUGGGACAAGGAGAAGCAUAUAACGUCGACUCCGUCCUAUAAUUUGCAACGCCUACGAAUCUGGACAUAUUUACGCCUGAAUCAAAUGCGGAUCUGGCUUUACACGCCUGUGUUGCAUAGCGCUACAAGCAUUAUGGCGCAUCCUGCGCAGUCAGAACGUGUAGUUGACAUCGCCAAAGACACUAUCCGAUACCUGAGCCACCUGAAUAACACAACCAACUUAUACAGACGUGUACAGGUUUUCUACCAUCAAUUCCUCACAUCAGCGAUUGCGGUCGUCUUCCUCGCAUCCGUUCAUGCCCCGGUCCGCUUCAGCGCUUCCUGUCGCGAGGAGUUCUAUAUGGCCCUCGAGCUGGUGAAGGAUCUUUCCGCCAAGAGCUGGGCAUCGCAGCGACUUUGGCGGACAAUAAGAUCACUCAAAGACGUGGCACCGCGAUUCGGACUUAAUGCUGAGGACGACCCUCAGUCAACAGCAGCGUUGGGCAUGAUAGGGCUUGCUCGAGGCCAUAUGGAACAACAGCAGCCGUUCCGCAAGCCAUCUAUUCCUGGUCAGCAAUCACAGGCUGCCACCCCAGACUCAAUGGCUCAGAACGGAUCACGAAUUCAAGCCGAGAUGUCACGAAUGUUCGAGGGCUAUGUAGGGUUGAAUGGAUUCCAAUAUAACGAUAAUGAGGGACAGCAGGGGCCGAAUGCCGAGGUUUCCGAAGCGUCCAAUGGCGGCAUGUUUGGAGUCGAUGGCACUGUCUUUCCUCAGUUCAAGGAGAUGUAUUAG